CCAGACGAAGGAGAAACCUGAUCUGAUCCUGCUUCUGCCUUGCAGCUUGCCUCCGUCUAUAAUGAACAUCUUUAGUGCAGCCCUCUCCAUCCUCCUGCUUGCUGGCCUCUUUUCUCAGGCCUUUUCUGGUCCAAUUGGAGCUGACACAACCAUCUGCUGCUUCAGCUAUACCUCACAGAAGCUGCCCCAGAGUCAUGUGAAGGAUUAUUUCUACACCAGCAGCAAAUGCCCACAGCCAGCAGUUGUGUUCAUCACCAGGAGGACUCGGCAGGUCUGUGCUAAACCUGAUGCCAGGUGGGUGAAGGAAUAUGUGAACUUCCUGGAGAUGCACUGAGCACUGGGAGCUGAGAGGAACCUGCCAGGAGAGUCCUGCAAGACCAUCCAGCAAAGUCAUGGCAUGGACCAGAAAUCCUGCUUGUUCUGAGCACCGAGGCCAACAGACGCCUCAGGGGCCCUGAAUUUCCUUUCGUCUUGCAAGGGCAUUGUUUAUCUUUUACAAUUUAGCCACCCCUACUGGGCAGCUAUGAUGCUGGGGACCUACCUCCUGGCCUUGCAGACAUGGCCUGGCAUAGCCUGCUGUGUGAGCUGUGACUAAACUCCAUCCACUCCUUGCGCCUCUGCUGCUAGAAUGGGAGGGGAAUCUUAUCUUAGGAGCUAUUUGUGGGAAGUGGUCUGUCAAAACUAGGUAUGAGUGCUGUCAUGUAAAUGCAGUCUGACUACUAAGCCAGCUGGCUGAACCCUGCAGUACAGCAGAUGCUGUGAAUGAGAUUCAAUGAAUGAAAUCCUUCCUUAAUGGAAGAAAUGGUACACUGGAUAUUUAUGGGAUGCUGGUUGUGGAAUCAUGUUGUUCAGCCUUAUUCUCAAAAUGCUGUGUCUUGCUGGUACUAAAGAAUAAAGAUUUUUCUCUUGCU